UGUUCGUUGGUUUGGGUGUAGGAGCAGAGAAUAGAGAUCCGACAGUGUAGCGAAAAGGUAAAGGAUUAUUUCCAAGUGCUAACUGUUUGGUUUCGUUCCGAAUUCAAUUCUUCACUGUUUCUGUUCGUCAACCAACCAGCAUCAGCAUGUCAAAAUUCUCUUCGUGGUUCUCUCGCUUGCGUUCUUCGUCUAAGCACUUCUACGGUUACCGCACCGCUCCCACCGUUUUCAACGGCCACCGAACCACCACCUCUCUGCUUCCUCUCGCUCUCGCUAUUUCCGCUGGAUCACUCGCUCUUCAACCACACUUCAACCCUUCCUUCUGCGACAACGAUAGAGGUGUGACUGUUGGGGGCAAAGGUAGCACUCAACUAGUUGUUAAGGGAUCCAAGAAAGAAAUUCCGCCGGAGCUUCUUCAGGAGUUGAGAAUUGUCUGUCAGGAUGACAUAUCGCUUGAUUACGAUGAGAGAUAUAACCAUGGAAAACCACAAAACAGUUUUCACAAGGCUGUCAAUAUCCCAGAUGUGAUUGUUUAUCCGAGAUCUGAAGAGGAAGUCUCCAAGAUUGUCAAAUUAUGUAACGAUCAUAAGGUUCCUAUUGUACCAUAUGGCGGAGCUACAUCAAUUGAGGGUCACACCUUAUCCCCUCAUGGAGGAGUUUGCAUUGACAUGUCAUCAAUGAAAAGAGUGAAAGCAUUACAUGUGGAUGACAUGGAUGUUGUUGUUGAGCCUGGCAUUGGGUGGAUGGAGCUUAAUGAGUAUUUGGAACCUUACGGCUUAUUUUUUCCACUUGAUCCAGGUCCUGGUGCUAGCAUUGGAGGCAUGUGUGCUACACGCUGCUCCGGUUCAUUAGCUGUGAGGUAUGGAACUAUGCGUGAUAAUGUCGUCAGUCUCAAGGUGGUUCUUGCCAAUGGAGAUAUUGUGAAGACUGCAUCACGUGCUAGGAAGAGUGCUGCAGGGUAUGAUUUGACCCGCUUGAUGAUUGGAAGUGAAGGGACACUUGGUGUUAUAACAGAAGUAACACUGAAGCUUCAGAAACUUCCCCAGUAUUCAGUGGUUGCAAUGUGCAAUUUCCCUUCUGUGAAGGAUGCGGCAAAUGUUGCUAUUGCCACCAUGAUGUCUGGUAUACAGGUGUCAAGGGUAGAGCUACUAGAUGAAGUCCAAGUGAAAGCUAUCAAUAUGGCUAAUGGGAAGAAUUUGCCUGAAUGUCCAACUUUAAUGUUUGAAUUCGUAGGAACAGAGGCAUAUGCACGUGAACAAACACAAAUUGUUCGGAAACUUGUUUCUGAGCACAAUGGCUCUGAUUUUGUAUUCGCAGAAGAACCAGAAGAAAAAAAAGAACUUUGGAAGGUAAGGAAAGAGGCACUCUGGGCUUGCUUUGCAAUGGAACCUAAUAUGGAGGCAAUGAUUACAGAUGUAUGUGUUCCUUUAUCUCAACUUGCCAAUUUGAUUUCAAAAUCUAAAAAGGAGCUGGAUGCAUCACCACUAAUUUGCACAGUAAUUGCGCAUGCUGGUGAUGGUAAUUUCCACACGGUUAUUCUAUUUGAUCCUGCCCAAGAAGAACAGCGGCAGGAGGCGGAGAGACUCAACAAAUUUAUGGUUUAUGCUGCCUUGUCAUUAGAAGGAACCUGUACUGGUGAACAUGGUGUUGGCACCGGAAAAAUGAAGUAUCUUGAAGAAGAACUCGGAGUGGAAGCAUUGAGGACAAUGAAAAAAAUAAAAACAGUCCUAGAUCCCAACAAUAUCAUGAAUCCAGGAAAACUCAUCCCUCCCCAUAUUUGUUUCUAGUAGUAACGUGACUCCAAGAAGUAUGUUUAUAGUAUAGAAAACCAUGGAUAAACAUGGUCUUCUCAAUUUUACAAAAUCAACGUAUUGCUGUUUGAUGUUUCUAACAUCAGGCAAUAUCUGUAGUAUACAUUUUCUCCAUGUAAUUUCUUCAUUGAAUGCUUCAGGCCAUUUUUAAAUUAAGUUUCAUAAUGUGUUAGAGAGUAAUAUGGAAAAUAUUACUCUUCUUUUGUCUUUUAUUAUCUGUAGUAUACAUUUUCUCCAUGUAAUUUCUUCAUUGAAUGCUUCAGGCCAUUUUUAAAUUAA